ACUGUGAAAUCCACAGCAGUCGUGCCGCGAGGCCUGCGAGAGAGACUUCUAGCGCUCCGCUGUUUCGCCCCUAGCACCAUUUAAAUACCCCGACAGUUGUCAACCGCGGACAUUGUCCACUUCAUAGUCCAGUUGCCGUCAUUGGCCACGCAAUUGCCUUCUUUUUGGCGUCGACUCUCAUGUGCGGAGGUCGGUCGCGAUGGCCCGCCGGUAAACGGCACUAACUGUGCCACUGUUCAGUGUUUUAAGUGCAACUGUGAAUCCCACCAUGGAUAUACUUCCAAGCGUCGGCAUCUUCAGAGAGCUGCAGGACAUCCAUGACACCGGCUAUUUCUCGGCACAACCGUCACUCGACGACCACUGGCAACAGACGUGCUACGAGAUGGAGCGCUACUUGAAGGACGAGCCGAAGAUGCAGUCGUUUAAAAAGUUGCCAUCGGACAUGGAAAGGACGUUAUACGGAGUGAAUUGUAUAGAGGACUAUAGUGAUCGUCACUUGGACGCGUUCAGUUCGGCAAGUUCGCCGUGUUCUUGGGACGAAGGGGCUCUAUCGUGUGCCGUACUCGUGAAGCAGGAGCCCCUCGACGAUGAAGAGGACGAAGACGACGGUUACGAAGGACGAGUGCAUGCUGACGCCGGUGAUGCGUUACAAUUGCGACUAGUAGCAAGGAAUCCGGCGACUUUGACACCACCUUCGAGUCCCGAAUCGGGACCAGGCCAUAGUAAUGGAAGUUCUAGUGCGAGCGAAUUGGACGUUUGCGGACUUCGGGUGGGCAGUGUAUCGAGGAAUGCCAUUGUGCGGGUUAGAGGACUUGCAAGGUACAUAUCGGUCGUCCCGAGAACCACACAGAGUCCCGUUUCUUCACCUGCUUCCACGACGACGGUCAAACAUCGACUAGACCAUUCGCCCGACUCCAAACGAAGGAUACACAAGUGCCAAUUUCUCGGCUGCAAGAAGGUCUAUACCAAGAGCUCACACCUCAAGGCGCACCAAAGAACACACACAGGCGAAAAGCCGUACAAGUGCUCGUGGGAAGGCUGUGAGUGGCGGUUCGCCCGAUCGGACGAAUUGACUCGCCACUACCGCAAACACACGGGGGCAAAACCGUUCAAGUGCCGCCAUUGCGACCGAUGCUUUAGUCGUUCGGACCAUUUGGCCCUGCACAUGAAGCGCCACGCUUAGACGGCCUACCUCUCCGCCGCAUCACUGCCAGUUACCGCUAGUGUACAUACAACAUACAACAAUAUUUUAGAUAGGUGUGGAUGGACUCUUGGAGCAGCAGCACACACUCACACACACAUACACACAUGUAGCGAGGGUUUGUCUCCUCAGUGAUGUUCAUUCCUGUGAUCGACAUCGUCGGCUAGGGCCGAACACACCUACAGAACAUUUAUAACUGUAGCUGUACGACGAGGCGCCGCCGUCUCCCACGUCUCAAAGGACGCUAAAUUUCUUCAGAUCAAAAUUUUUUAUCGGAUCGGUGGCUGUUGGCGGGGGCGGCGACGCCUCGGGGAUAGUCAUGUUAGAUUUAGGUGGAGUCUUUGGACGGCAUUUUUGCAAUGUUGUGUAAGGACUCUGGACUUUGUUAGUCUGUACGAAUGUGUCAAAGUAUUAACUGAAGACUGUGCAGGCGCACACCGCCGGAUAUUAGGCUAAAUGUCACUAUUUGUAAUAAUAAAUAAAAGAAUCAAAAAUGUAAUGUAGCGCGAACAAGUUUUUGAAGAAAAAAGAAAAACUGAUAUGAAAAAGUAUUAUAAUAGGUAAUUAUAUUUUUUGAGAAAGUGACCUUGGAUGAAAAUCUACUUUUUUCAAAAAUGCAACGAUAAGCCGUGUACAGUAGUGUUGUACAAUGUGCAUUUGAGCGGCGUCGUGACGUCUGUUCGAGGCGCCCACUGGUGCCGCACCCUCCGACGCAUUCCUUCUCGAUGCAUUCUAUAUUUCUACUUCCUUGACUUAGGCAUAGCGUGACUGUUGUGUGAUCAGAGACCGUGUAUAUAGAUUUUUAGUGUUAUAGCAUUUUGUACAGCUGCAUGCUUUGUUAAUUAGUUCGGUACAUUUUACUAAUAUGUGUGCGAGUGAGCGAGCGAGCGAACGAGCGAGUUGUUAAAACGGGCUUGUGCGAAUGUAGUGAGUGUACGAGAGGACCGUUCGUUGUUCUUCCGGGCACCUUAGCGUAGUCGUCAGAGUAAUAUAUUAAUUGGUUAGUUUAUAACACGAAUUUUUUACCUGCUGGACGCGAAUGUUGAUGUUUCAAUUCCUGUUCUUUGAUCGCCGUUUCGUUUUGCUUUGCGAUGCGACGACUCCCACCAUCGACAGAUAGCGGAGGAAUUGAUUUUGUACGAUUUUUCUAAUAGCAAAUGCGGUGGUUUGAGUCGUCCGUUUGCCUAUUUCUUAUAGAGAGGUGACAUUUAUUCGCUCCCCAGCCUAAAUGUGACAUUCUUUCAUGUUCAUGUCGUCUCUCAGAGACGUUGUAAAUCACUAGAAGGGCGGAUGAUAAAAAGCGAGCGUCGUGGCUAAUUUGUUAAUUAGGUACUAAUUGCUGGUGUCUUCGGCCGACGUGAAAUGAUCCAAAAAGCUGGCAAGUUGAAGCCAAUUAGUGUUCUAAUUAGGUAAUUAAAUAAAUCAUCGUUUGUUGUGUUUGGAAUAACUGAGGGUUAGCUUGUAUCGGUCGGGUUGUUAAAUAAUAUUUGCUGUUUGAUAUGGGUUGGGUUUCUGUUUGGGUUUGCUCGACUGAAUUGAACACAGUGUUGGUUGGCUUCGGGAAGGCACCGUCUAUUACGUUGACUGUUUAACAUUUUCUUUAACAUAAUUCUAGUGAUUUAGAAUGUGCUCUGUGUUGUCUUUUAGUUCGUACGCUCGCCGGCUUUGCUGUUGCGGGCCGGAAUACCUAGUUUUUAAGAUGAUUAGGAAAUACUAUGUGAAUAUAAACGAAAUAUUUUGCCAAUGGAAGUUGAUCUUCUCUUAGGAUUUGGAAAUAAUGUUUCUAUACCAGUAAUUGAAAUGUAUUUGUAAAUGUAUUUUAACUAUAAUUGAAUUUUAGAUGACCCAAUUUGUAAAUAACUACAUGGUAUGCGAAUAAAUUUUCUGAUCUAUUUAAAUUUAAAUUUUGUAAUAUUUCCAUUUUGUAUUUCUUGAUGAUGGUGAUAAAUUUUUGUAGUCUGUAAAUAUUUAUUUGAGAAAAUAUUAAAUCUAUAUGUAAUUAUUAUUCUAUAUGUAAUAUCAAAGCUCGUGCUAUUUUCGUCCUACCAAACCAAAUACGAAAAUGACACGAACAGAUGCACAAAUUAUAUUUAAUAUAUUUCUGUUUUUUGUGAGAGUUAAUUCUACAUAUUCGUCAACCAAACAAACAGUCGGCGAGAUUUCGUACGCUAGCUUGUAAUUCCGCUCAGUGCAAAUAAACGUACGUUCCUGUUAAAAUUAA